AUGCCAUCACCGUGUUGCUUGAAUCCUCCAGGCGAGCCUUCUUUCAACGAAAUCCUGAUCAAAACUGUGCGUGAAUAUCCUGCCUUGUAUAGCAACCAAAGAAGAGCUUUUGAAAAUGUCGAUCGUUGCAAAAUUUGGGAUGAAGUUGCUGGUAAAAUAGGACGAGGAGUAACAGGGGAAUUUGCUAAAAAGCGUUGGUUACAACUCCGUGAUCGUUAUCGUAAAGAAUUGAAGAUAUCGAUUGCUCAUAAUUUCACUCAACCGCAGAAGUGGAGUCAUUUUUCGUUACUAAGCUGGCUUGAUCCAUAUCUCCAAGGAGCCAUACCAAUAGCACCGAAUGGUACUACUGCCUGCUACACUCUUGAUAAUAUAAAUACUACAUGCAAUAGUGAUGCAUUUUACGAAAAUUUUGCUGCGAAGUUAUCUUCAGAUUUGACUUCUGAUGGAAACGAAGAGGUGUCUGAUUGUUUCGAUGAAAUAAAGCCAGUAAUGUCAACACUACAGUCCGUUCUCGCAGCUGCUGAAGCUACUGCAAAUUGGAAAGAAGUUGAAGCCAUAGUUGAUAAAGCGAAGGACUUGACAGGCAAAUUGGAAAGUAAUGCUUUUAAGGUUUAUGAUUUUGCAUUUAUCUUUAAAGGUGACGGAGAGAAUAUCUCAGAUAAUGAUGGAUGUAGCAGUAAGGCAUCAAAAGACAUUUGCGGUUGUGCAUCUCCAUCUUCGCAAGUAUCAAUUGUUUCUACAGUAGAAGAGGGUAAUCAGCCGAAGAAUAAUCUCUUAUCGCGAGAUUGCAUAGCAUCGUAUCAAGAAUCAAGACGACAGCAUGGGACGUUUCGUUUGUCGGUAGUAGAGGGAGGCACGAUAACCACUUCGCCAUGCACAUCGGAAGGGGGCAUGGAGACAGAAGAAAUAAGUCACAUAAAUGGACACUAUCCUGCCGCAUCUCAGGAUUACCACAACAUUUCGAAUACGGUUUCUCCAGCAAAGAUCUCCCUCUCACAGCGUCCAGGCUCAUCUAUAGAAGUAAUCAAGACGGGUAGUCCGGUUUCAUUCAAAUCCUCCACAUCUCAUGUUCUACGCAAUUCACCUUAUCGGUUACCUGCUUAUUCGAAUGUUCGAUUUCGUACACGAAAUAUGAAAAAACAGCAGCAACAGCAGCAGCAUCAAAUGCAACAUCUGAAUUUCAACAAGGUAUAUCAUCGAGUAAAUUCAACAAAUAGCACAAGUAGUAAUAAUAUGGAUUCGGACUGGAUGAACGAUGAAGAGAUGCUUUUCGCUCGCUUUGUCGGUUUGAGGUUGAAAAAAUUGAAUUCUCACAGUAGAUCUAUGGCUCGAAUGAAAAUUAUGCAAGUAUUAGAUGGCUGUGAGCAGGAAAUCUUGGAUGAAGGUGAAUAA